AUGAAGCUUCUUCACCCGUUCAGUCGGUCUUUGAGAUCUUUCUCGAGUACCGCCAAAAGGACAACGCAAAUCCGGAGGCUCCCCUCUAAAAACGACGCUUCUGUGUACCCAUUGCGCAUAUCAGAUGAUGUAAAAAAUGCCACACGUAGUGGGCAACCAGUCGUUGCGCUGGAAUCCACUAUAUACACUCAUGGAUUUCCAUAUCCCGACAACAUUUCGCUUGCUCUAGAUCUAGAGAAGAUUGUGCGCGACCAUGGCGCCCUCCCUGCAACCAUUGGAGUUAUUGAUGGUGUUGCGUGCGUCGGGCUUACAGAGAAGGAGAUCAGAACUCUUGCCUCCGCAGCUGGAAAUCCAGAGACAAUGAAAGUAUCCCGUCGUGAUCUCCCGUUCAUUUUAGGUAUGGGACUUGCUGGCAAGAAGCUGCACGGAGGGACAACUGUUGCAGCAACGAUGCUUCUUGCUAGCAGAGCCGGCAUUGCAGUGUUUGGCACUGGUGGUCUCGGCGGAGUCCACCGUGGAGCAGAAAAUACUAUGGAUAUCUCUGCUGACCUCACAGAAUUGGGGAGGACCCCUGUUGCAGUAAUCAGUAGUGGGUGUAAAAGUUUUCUGGACAUACCAAAGACAUUGGAGUAUCUAGAAACUCAAGGCGUUACUGUCUGCACAUUUGCGGAUGGAAGGACCGGCAAGAUUGAUUUCCCAGCUUUCUACACCAGAGAAAGUGGAGUGCAGAGUCCAAUGGUCAUUCAGAGUCCCCAAGAAGCUGCAGCUAUCAUUCGGGCGCAAAAAUUGACAAUACCUCAAAAAUCAAGUCGUUGUGGACUCCUGUUCGCGAACCCAAUCCCAGAGGAGUAUUCAAUACCCAAACUAGAAAUAGACGAAGCAAUCAACCAAGCAGUUCGAGAAGCAACUGAACAGGGUUUCCACGGACAUGCCAACACUCCCUUUAUCCUCUCUAAGAUCAAAGAGCUUACCAAAGGAAACAGCAUUCCAGCGAAUCGAGCUCUUAUAGAGUCGAACGUCGCCAUGGCUGCGCAAGUAGCCGUUGAGCUGUCUAAGAUUAGCAUACGCACUCGUCAUCACCCGAUCCUUGACACAGACGAGAAAAGUCACGAAUCUGUCCCCGCGUCAGCAGCUGGAAUGGCGAAACUUUCACGCCUUCUGGAGGGCACGAAGUUUGCGCGAGAAGGGAAGAAUGAAAUACAAAUGGAAAAUAACGUGUUUGACCCGGCGUACGAUUCUUUCUUCCACUUUAGCCCAAGGAUUCUCGUGAUCGGUUCAGUCGCUGUAGAUCUCUCUUGCAAUUAUGCUCCCCAGAAGAAGGAUCAUACCGCCUUAAACGUUAUGCCGGAGAUGCAUACCUCCAACAUAGCAACAAUCACUCCAUCUAUCGGUGGCGUUGGCUACAAUGUUGCCCUUGCCGCCUAUAUCGCAUCAGGAAAGUCAAAAGUGUCUUUCCACAGCUUUGUAGGCGAUGAUUUGGCUGGCUCUUCAAUAACAUCUGCCCUCGAGACAGCCCGUGCUAACCAAAGCGGGUUUCAUCAACGUAUAGGGACCCUUGCAAAAAGCCGUGUUCGCGGUGUGCUGCAAGCUGAGCGCCGCACAGCUCAGUACAUUGCGAUAAAUGAUGCGAAUAAAAAUCUCGUCAUGGCCAUGGCAGAUAUGAGCAUAUUCGACGAAUUCUCCGAUGCUUCGUCGCUGAGUGUGAGCAAGAUCCUACUCGAAGACUCUUUCUCGCGAGAUCUAUGGAUUGUCGUCGACGCAAAUUGGUCUCCAUCCAUUCUGAAGUCCUUGGUUAAGAGCCGGCCUCCCAAUUCCAGAUUUAUAUUUGAGCCCGUCUCAGUACCAAAAGCGGGUCGAAUCUUCGGGAGCCCAAAGGAUAGCGGCCAGCCCCUUCAAACAUUUCCUGGCAAUGAAAUUUAUUUAUCGACGCCGAAUCAAUAUGAACUUGCAGCUAUGCAUGCUACCGCAAAGAAAAAUGAGUAUUUCGAAACUCAAAGAUGGUGGGAGAUCAUUGACGCCCUCGGUAUUCCCAGCUCUGGCGCUCGAGAUCGCUUCGUCUCGAUCACGAAUGCGAAAAUGACGGAUGAAGGCAUCCCUCUCCAAACCAUCCAGCUUUUACCUUAUAUUCCUAAAAUCCUAACGAAACUUGGAGCAGAAGGCGUCCUCUUGACGGAACUUCUUGAGCCCGAUGAUCCUCGCCUUACGGAUCCAGAUUCUGCUCCCUUCAUCUUAUCCCGGACCGCAAAUGGCAGUAAAGAGGUUGGCGGUGUUUAUAUACGCCUCUUCCCACCCGUUGAAGUCGUUGACGAUAUUGUCAGCGUGAAUGGCGUCGGUGAUACCUUCCUUGGUGUUUUGGUUGCUGGAUUGGAGAAAGGAUGUAAGCUUGACGAGAAGCUAAUCCACAUUGCCCAACGAGGAGCUGUGAUGACACUCAAGCGCAAGGAGAGCGUCAGUCCCAAUUUGGCUGAGCUGUUGCCAGACUUGAUGGAUUUGGCAGUGUCUCAGAGUGGGGGCAUAGAUAAAUGGGUCAGCUCAAGGCGACAUCAGUUGUAG